GUUUCGCGGGACUACCUUCGCGCGUAAACCGCAUCCCUUCAUUCAUUGUCAGCUUCCUGGAGCCAUUUUUCAGCCGCGGUGGUGGCGGGGAGGUCGGAGCCGGGGCCCUAUCACUCACAGCAGCACAAUCCGCCUCCAUCUGCCUUCCCCGGUGCCCGAUAACCCCCAGACGAGCCCACCCCAUGCACCGAGGGACUUCCCAGCAGCCACAUCCCUGACCAUUUCCAGCGUACAGGCCGGGACCGGGAGGAUUACCGGGGUCAUCAGGAGGAGCGCUGCCCGGCGUCACAGGGAGCCGACAGGCUGCUCCGUAAGAUGAGAAAGGCAAUCCACCCCGGGCACGACAAGCUGCUGCUCACCGGGCUGCAGGGCUCUGAGGUCUCCGGUCUGUCUGCGGUGUUCGUCGCUGGGGGAGGCGCUGCCGGUGUGGUUGGUGCAGGAGGCGGCGGCGGAUACCUGCAGAUCCUGUCCUCGCCCGGCCCGCUGCACCAUCCCCAGCAAGGACUCAGUGCUACGGAGCAGCAGCACCAGGCAGCCGCCAGCUUCCUCUACUCCACGCCGCACGGACCCGGCGCCAGAGCCGGCCUACAGCAGCCUGCACUGGGGCGCCCUCCGGCCAAGAGACGGUUGGAACUUGGAGAUGGAAGUCAACAGUAUCUCUCCGAAGGAUUAAAAACACCAAAAGGCAAAGGAAGAGCAGCUGCACUCUGUCCAGACAGCCCAAAAACCCCAAAGUCUCCCUUGGAAAAAACUCGUUAUGACACCUCACUUGGUCUUUUAACAAAGAAGUUUAUUCAGCUGCUCAGCCAGUCCUCAGAUGGUGUUGUUGACCUGAACAGAGCUGCUGAGGUCCUCAAGGUGCAGAAAAGAAGAAUAUAUGACAUUACAAAUGUAUUGGAAGGCAUUCAUCUCAUUAAAAAGAAAUCCAAAAACAACAUCCAGUGGAUGGGCUGCACCUUGCCUGAUGAUGGAUGCAGCAACAUGGCACGGUGUCAAGGACUAUCCAAGGAACUUUCAGAGCUCAGCCAGGAAGAGAAUAAACUGGAUGAGCUGAUACAGAACUGUACCUUAGACCUGAAACUUCUAACUGAAGAUUCAGAAAACCAAAGGUUGGCUUAUGUAACCUAUCAAGAUAUACGAAAAAUCAGUGGCUUUAAGGACCAAACUGUUAUAGUGGUGAGAGCUCCUCCAGAAACUAGACUUGAAGUGCCUGACCCAGUUGAGAGUUUACAAAUACACUUGUCCAGCAGUCAAGGAGCUAUUGAAGUUUACUUGUGCCCAGAAGAAAGUGAAUCUUAUAGUCCAGUGAAGCAAAAUAAUCCGGAUCAUAAUGGCAAUAUUUCAAAGCCAAACUCCAAAGAGUUGCUAUCUCCUAAAAAAGAAAAAACAAGCUGCAAAGUGGAAGCUAUUUCUCCUCUAACCUCUCCAACCAAUCUCCUGCAGCAAACAGAAGACCAGAUACCUUUAAAUCUUGAGGGUCCUUUUGUGAACUUGCUCCCUCCCUUCAUCCAUGAGGAUUAUUUGCUAAGCCUUGGUGAAGAGGAGGGUAUCAGUGAUCUAUUUGAUGCCUAUGACUUAGAAAAACUGCCUUCUUUAGAAGACUUUAUGUGCAGCUGAUUGAAACUUUCUGAUCUUAAACCAUUGUUUGUUUUGUACUAAAUACAAAUGGAGCCAGAGCCACUGUCUGACAUCACCUACUUGACACCUUAACUGCUUCUCCCUUUUUUUUUAUAGAAGGCAUGAAUUUACUAAUGCAGCAAUGGCUGUAUAAAGUGCAUUUAUUCAACUCAAUAAUAGAGGCUAUGCAAAUUUACAGGAUUAGAAUGAUGAACUGGGAUUGCUGAAGGCACAAAUGAGCAACUUGAAUCAGUUUAGCUUUCUUGGCAUCUCUCAAUCGGUAAUACUUGCCCUGGUGAAGUCAGUCUGUGCCUUGUCACUUCCUGUACGUUAUUCUCCCCAACCCUCUUGUGGACAAACUCCACAAUAAAUAUGAACUGUCAUUUUGCA